UAACACGCGGAUAAGCACAAGACGAUUGCUCAUUCGGCAGUUUCUACGCUCACAGUCCUAAGCAUGAUCAAUGGGCUGAUUCUUCGGACCGAUUCUUGAAUGGCAACUGGGUAUGUCACAGCCCCUCAACCUCAAGUUCGGCAGCUCCAGAUUGAUAAAUCUUCAGGACCGGUCAGCCAGCAGCUUAAGCGGGAGCAGGACUUCUCCUUUCACUUCCUCGAUGGUCCGAUUGAAACGCAACAAGCAGCCGAGUCCACCGCAGGCAUCUUCGAACCUCCUUUUUUCAGCAAGAGGCCACGGAAGAAAAAGGUCCCUUUGACGGAAUCAUCGGCUUCUCGCAAGCAGGGACAUGUUAUUCCUCGAGAUGGGCCGAUAGUUUGGAGGAUUUCUGGCGCUGUUGACAGUAUGAUGCAAAAGGCUGUGUCUUGAUUCCGUGUUCUUGUGGGUGGGCAAAUCGAGUUACGUCCUUGGCCUUACACAAUCCGUGAUUGCUUAUCAAUGAGCUAUCCGUAACCGGUGAAUAUAGCACAAUUUUCUAAAUGGG